UACAAUUACGUGUUGGGUGACGUUUCAGCAUGCGGAGGAGGGCGCUGGGCAGGGACCACUUGGACCAUAGAGGACUAAACGCUAUUUCAUUUCAGCGCAGAAACAACGCAUUGAAGGCAGUGGACCAGGGCGCCGUGCUGAAGCCUAGCCCAUUGUCUGCUUCAAACAGAGCAACUAAGGAAAACGGGUUUGACCAAAACAGCGGUGUAGGAGUGUCCAAGUGGUAGGCAUUGCGGGUUUGUAAGCCACAGAAAAAAGGGCCCUGGACAGAUCUGGCCAAUAACGGAAAAUGAAUCACAGUCAAGUUUUAAUAAUAUGAGCAAGAGCCGCGUUUUGUUGCAAUUGGCGACCAACUAUUGAUGCUUCUGCUGCGCCGAUCGUUUUCCACACCAUCAAUUCGCGCGGACUUCUUUUGUUCGCAUCGCUUGAAUCCCAAAUUCUAGUCUGCAUAUUUGUGUUGCCGUUUUUAAAAAAAAGAGUUAGUCGCUCCAAAAACAAAAAAACAAGAUGAAUUUCCAGUCGAGCGUCCCAGGGUCCGGUAUCUCGCAGCAGUCUCAGCCAGCCAUGCCUACUCCAGGCACGGUCCCGGCGCCAGUUCCCGUCCCAGUGCCCCAGUCCAUCCCGUCCCAGUUCGGAUCCGGAUCGUCUGCAAGCUCAGGGGGCGGCCAGUUCGGUUCGGGGACUGUUUCGGGCCAGGCUGCCCAACCCGGCUCAGCGGGCUCGCAGUUUGUUUUGUCCAACUCAGCGGCCAUCAGGGCAGAGAUCCAUCGGUUCGAGUCUGUCCACCCGAACAUUUACGCGAUCUACGACCUGAUCGAGCGCAUCGAUGACCUGGCCCUGCAGAACCAGAUCCGAGAGCAUGUAAUCUCCAUUGAAGACUCUUUCGUCAACAGCCAGGAAUGGACAUUGAGUCGGUCAGUGCCAGAGCUGAAAGUGGGCAUUGUGGGAAAUCUGUCCAGUGGAAAGUCUGCUUUGGUCCACCGGUACUUGACAGGCACAUAUGUGCAGGAGGAGUCUCCUGAAGGUGGACGGUUCAAGAAAGAAAUAGUGGUGGAUGGACAGAGCUACCUACUUCUGAUCAGAGAUGAAGGAGGGCCUCCAGAAUUACAGUUUGCUGCCUGGGUGGAUGCGGUGGUUUUCGUCUUUAGCCUGGAGGAUGAGAUCAGCUUCCAGACAGUCUACAAUUACUUCUUGCGCCUAUCCAGCUACAGGAACACAGCUGAGGUCCCCAUGGUCCUCGUUGGAACACAAGAUGCCAUCAGUGCUGCCAACCCCAGAGUGAUCGAUGACUCGCGAGCCAGAAAGCUGUCGAACGACCUGAAGCGCUGCACGUAUUAUGAGACCUGCUCCACCUAUGGUCUGAAUGUGGAGAGAGUCUUUCAGGACGUUGCCCAGAAGGUUGUGGCCAUGAGGAAAAAGCAGCAGCUCUCUAUUGGUCCGUGCAAAUCUCUCCCUAACUCUCCCAGCCACUCAUCAGUCCCCGCUGCAGCGAUCCCCUCUGUUCACAUUAACCAGGCGGCUAAUGGUGGGGGUGCAUUCAGCGACUACUCCUCCUCUGUUCCCUCCACCCCCAGCAUAAGUCAGCGGGAGAUGCGCAUUGAGACCAUCGCUUCCUCCAACACGCCCACGCCCAUCCGCAAGCAGUCAAAGCGCCGCUCCAACAUUUUCACAUCACGGAAAGCCAGUGAACAAGCAAAGACCGUUGACAGUAAAACAGACAGCAUAGGCAGUGGAAGGGCCAUACCUAUCAAACAGGGAAUCCUUCUGAAGCGAAGUGGCAAAUCCCUCAACAAGGAGUGGAAAAAGAAAUAUGUCACACUGUGUGAUAAUGGCGUCCUUACUUACCACCCCAGUUUACAUGACUACAUGCAGAAUGUGCAUGGGAAAGAGAUAGACUUGCUGAGGACAACAGUCAAGGUUCCCGGGAAGAGACCGCCCAGAGCGGUGGCCACCGUCGCCCCAACUGCUAGUCCCAAAACCAACGGGCUGACUAAGGACCGCAGCGCCUUGCAGCUGGGCAUCGGAAACACAGGUGCUCCUCACUCCAACAGUAGUUCAUCCCUCCAGACGGGCGCCUCGUUGUUCAGCGGCAGUAAAGAUGGCAUGCACCAACGCUCCUUCUCCGUGUCCAGCGCCGACCAGUGGAAUGAAGCCAUCAACACCAGUACGAGCAGCGGAGCCCCCAAUGGCAUGAGUGACCCUGCGAGUACCAGUGUGGGCAGCGCCACAAGUCCAAAACUUGAGCCACCUCCUUCGCCACACGCAAACCGCAAGAAACACAGACGGAAAAAGAGCACGGGCAUCACAAAGCCAGACGGCUUAUCUGCAGGCAACGAAGAGCAAGAGGAUUCCUUUGAGUUCAUCAUUGUGUCGUUGACGGGUCAGACGUGGAACUUCGAAGCAUCUACAUAUGAGGAGAGGGAACUGUGGGUCCAAGCAAUUGGGAGUCAGAUCUUUGCCAGCCUGCAGUCCUGCGAGAGCAUAAAGAACAAGUCUCGGUUAGGCAGCCAAAGUGAUGCAAUGGCCAUUCAGUCCAUACGAAACGUGAGGGGGAACAGCUUCUGUGUGGACUGUGAUGCACCCAACCCAGACUGGGCCAGUCUGAACCUGGGCGCCUUGAUGUGCAUCGAGUGCUCCGGGAUACACAGAAACUUGGGCACCCACCUGUCUCGCGUCCGCUCCCUGGACCUGGACGACUGGCCGGUGGAGCUCAGCAUGGUGAUGACGGCCAUCGGUAACGCGAUGGCCAACAGUGUGUGGGAGGGCGCUUUGGAGGGCUACACCAAGCCGGGGACCGACAGCACCAGGGAGGAGAAGGAGUGCUGGAUCCGAGCCAAGUAUGAGCAGAAGCUGUUCCUGGUGGGACUGCCCCAGUCGGACAUGCCCCUGGGGCAGCAGCUGCUCCGGGCGGUGGUGGAGGAUGACCUGAGGUUGGUGGUGCUGCUGCUGGCCCACGGCACCAAGGAGGAGGUUAACGAGACCUACGGCGACGGAGACGGACGCACCGCUCUGCACCUCUCCUGCGCAAUGGCCAACGUGGUCAUCACGCAGCUGCUCAUCUGGUACGGCGUGGACGUAAAGAGUCGGGACGCUCGUAGCCAGACCACGCUGUCCUACGCCCGGCGAGCCGGCAGCCAGGAGUGCGCGGACAUCUUACUUCAGCACGGUUGCCCCAACGACACAAGCAGCGUGACGUCCGUGGCAACGCCCAACAUGAGCCGCCGUAACCCCAAUCCCAACAUCAACAACAACAACGCCCAGUGUGAGCUCAACCGCAGCAUCAGCAUCAUGUAGGCGGCAGAGAGCAGCCGCAGACAAACACACGAGCGACCCCGAACCCACUCGUCUCUUCCCAGUACUUCCUGUUUCACACUGUGUAACCCAGAAUCAGUACCAACGGAGAGAUACCAGGAGCGAUGGACUCAUUGUUUAUAUUCCACUAUGCCGAAUGAAGUGGGUGUUCGGGGGUUCGGACAUUGUACAUUGUUUGUUUUAUAUUAUUGUUUUUUUAUUUGUUGAAUUCAUUCAAUCUUGGUCUGAAAUGAUCACGAUCAGCUUUAAGCUUUUUGUUUUUUAAGCGCCAACCAAACAAAUGACUUACUUUGGCAUUCAUACCUACCCUACGAAAAGCAUUUCCUUAAUGCUUGAACAUUUCCUUUUAUGUCUUCCCCUUCUGCGACGUGAACUGAUUUUAUAAUGAGCUUGAAAUGAGAAACUUGCUUCAAAUUUCCAAGCCUAAGCAUAAUAACAUAAAACUGUGAGGAAUAGUUUAACAAGUGACAAAAACACUGAAAGAAACUAAAUCUCCACGAUCUCAGUGGCUGUUACAGCUUUAGUAAUGAUGCAUGUCUUUACCACAGCUAUCACACUCUUGACAUACUAUUCAUAUACAAAGGCAAAGCAAUUAUAGUUGAAGAGUCCAAAUGAUUUAGAUACUUAAUUCACAGGAAAAUGGGUUUCGGAUCAUCAUAAAGGAGUUGAUUGCAGAAUUCCUAUCGGGGUGAAAGUGAGUCAUUUCCUUCGCCACCCUUAUCGUGAUCCUCCAGUAAAAGUGUCCGUGACUUUAAAGGAAUUAAGGGGCAUCAUGUUUUAUGACCAUCGAGCCACACGGCUUCGUAAGCGUGCCUCUUCAAUCAGAAUUCAUUCAACUUCAAAGGUUUGAUUGAAACAGUGAGAUCGUACCGAUAAUGAUGUCUUUUGUUGGAGUAAUUUUCUGAUUUGACUCGAUUGUGUUGAUAAUUGUUUGACAUAUAUAGAUACUGGAAUAUGCAUUCACCCCCAUCCACACCCCACCCUGUGGCCAGAGGCCGUAGAAUCGGUGCUCUCGAGAGCAUUUCCUCCUUUUGUUGCUGUGAAAUACAUAUAUGGUACUAUGUGUGUGUGCGUCCGUACAUGACUGUACAACACGUGUGUGCUUACGUCUUUGUCUGUGACCGUGUGAGAGCGACCGGGCAUUUCUCUUCAUAAGCUUUGGAGGUGAAGACACCAACAGUGAAAAUCUGGAACAUAACUGUGUUUUAAUGUACAGACGUCUGUAAAAACAAAAAAAGUCGUUCUUGUUCCUUUAUAAGAACUUAGUUAAAAAAAAACUACCCCCUUUCCUUUUCCUUUAACCUGUGUCAGCGUAAAAACAGGGAGCUAACAAAUGCAUUCAAAUGGCUGAAGUAAGACAUUUAGGAUUAGAAUGAGCAAGGAGGUUAAAAAAAAGGAAAGCAUAAUUAGUUUGACUCUUUGCAUUAAUUAAUACAAAUGUACAGUAUUCCACUGACAUAACAAGCUGAUUAAUUUAUAGUCAAGGUAAGAAAUUAAUUCAGGUGGAGUUGGCACAAUGUCUACUGUGUAUUUCCCUUUUAUUCAACUGCCACUUCUUUAAGGUUUUAAACCGUCUUGAUUUUAUGAGUUUACAAAGGCAGGAUGUUUGUUUACAGAGCAAGUUAUUAACGUUUUGUACCUUUUCUUUAGGAUUAUGUUGUUGCUUUACAGUAUUUCUGUUUUAAGAGCCCACUGUAACUGAAUAUGUUGUCAAAAGUGGAUGUUUGUCAAGGAGAUAUCGAUAUUGUAAAGGAAUAGUUUGAUAUUUUUGGAAAUAUACUUUUUUUUGCUUCUUCAUUAAUUCCUCUCGUGUGUGUGCGUUACGUAACGGAGCUGGAGGCAGUUAGCAUAGCCAAACAGUUAGCCUGGUUUAGCAUAGUUACACUAUGUGACUGCCUUUUAAAAACAUAUUACAUUUUUGUUUUUGUUCUAAUUGAACAGAAAUAUCGUGUUAAUGUGUAAGCUUUAAAGGGGCUGGUAUCUCAGCCUGGUCUCUUCAAAAUAAAAGUCAACGGUGCUUUAUUUUUAAGUUUAUUUAAGUUGCGUCCAUAAGAAACUACAUAUAAUACUUAUUUUUAGCCAAACCAUGUUCUUUUUUAAAUUUUCUUUUUUUAAACCUAACCAAGUUGUUUUGUUAUAAUUUACAACAUUAAUCAUGUGUUUAAAACUACAACUGUAAUCUAUGAGAAAAAUACAUUUCUCCCGAAAGCUUCAUAAUUGGAGAAUUCAGUUUAGUGUUAUGGGAACAUAAUUUCGUAAGAGACGGGAGGUAGUGCCGGCAGAUAUUUGAACUCUGGAGAGAGCCAGGAUAUCGGUCUCCCUUCAUUUUAGUCUUUAUGCUAGCUAAGCUAAGCUAAGCUAACGGCCUCCUGGCUCUGGCUUCAUACUUAACGCACAGUGGUAUCGAUGUCCUCAUCUUAGUCUCGGCAAAGCGAAUAAUCACAUUUCCUAAAAUGUUCAACUAUUUCUUCAAGACAUCCCAAAACUGAACACAAAUUCAUCCAGAUGUACUUGUACUGUGCAGUGGUACCGGCCUUAUUUCUGAUUUACUUGACAAACUAAUUUCAAUGAGUACAUUUCAGUGUCCGAGGGGAUUACUGAGAGGAGUUUAAUGUGUAGAUGAUGAACACUAGAAAACCUGCCUGUCUUUCCCUCAGACACAACAUGGAAGUGUACAUAUUAGCUAAUGCUUUUAUCUGAAGACAAGCUCCUCCUAGAGAAACAAACUAAACUGGUUCUAGGUUACCCUUUGACCCCUGAACCAUAUUUUGAUAUGUUGGUGUUUUAUUUGUUUCUUUUUAUGCAUAUUUUGAAGGUACUUUUGUUUGGUCCCGACAUUAACCGACCAUCUUUGGUACUUGUGUAUAAUGAUGUACAUUUGACAUAUUUAUAAUGCAGUUUGUAAAUAUCUUUUUUCUUUUCUUUUUUUUGUUCAAGUUAAUUUUCCUAUUGUAAUUCCUUUUACGUUCAGAACGUGAAACAAAGCAAAAGCUAAAGAGUAACUUGUUGUAUGCUUGGAUGCUCGGCUGACUGUUGACCUAUUAAUAAACACUCAAAUAAAACGCUGUAGCCUUCCCUGCAUUUAGGGAAAUCGACACAUUUGUCCAGUGUGUGUGUGUUCAUCCAUCAUCCAUCACGCUCCUGUCGCUUCUGUGCAUGACCUGCUUACGAGGUGAGACUCUUUCAAAUUAAAAGUCUCACUAUCGCUUCAACAAGUACUGCCAUUUCACGUUCUUCCCUUUUGCAUGUUCCUUCAUCAAACCUGGAAAGACUCAACAGCCUGUUGAUGUGUCCAAUACCGCUAAUCCAAGCCUGUCUUGAGGUAAGUAAAGCGGCCUCCUUCCACUUCCUGAUUGUGGGACCCCCAACAGUUUGCCAAAAGAGGAUUAAGAUAAAGAGCCGAGCUUAGUGUCAGGCAGCACAACACCGUGGGGAAAAGUGAAAGGUCUCGGUGUUCAGAGGAGUCAAGCCCUCACUAAUCCACUUCUUAUUUCCUGCUAAUCUUGUCUCAGCAUAUCUUCAUCCCCUUCCUCUCUCUGUUGGCCGGCAUUGUUUGAGCUUCAUCACCUGGUUUCUUCUUCCUUCCUCCGCGGUGGCUUGACAUGGAGCCACAAUGCUCAGUCGCGCUUAAAGGCCCCGAACACUUAUUUUAUCAGUCGGCUUCCUUUCUCGUACUAAAGGGGUUCCUACAUGAGCAUAAGACAGUUUUGGUUAUUUCACAUGACAGAUUUCUGUAUUUCUCUCUGCUCUUCUUACUGGUUUGAAGUGGACGGGGCUCAUUUAGGAAAUUGUGACGUUGCAAAUCACAAUAUUUUAAUCAAAAUCUGAUGACGGUCUGUUGUUUACUGUCACCAACACCUACAAACACACAUGUUGCAGCAGAUUAGUUUUUGACUGUUGUGAA